AGCUUCCAUCUGUGGACCUCAUAGACCAUUGACAAUCCAGAAUGCUGUCAAGGUUGAGGACAUCCUGGUCCAUGAGACCUUGUGUCUCCAUUUGCAGAUGGGCCCACACUAAAGAAAAGGGCAAACCCCUAAUGCUUAAUCCUCGCACCAACAAGGGUAUGGCCUUCACCCUGAAGGAGCGACAGAUUUUAGGGAUUCAUGGUCUACUGCCUCCCAAAGUGGAGACACAGGACAUUCAGGCUAUGCGCUUUCAGAGGAAUCUAAAGAAGAUGACAGAUCCCCUGGAAAAGUACAUCUACCUGAUGGGGAUCCAAGAGAGGAACGAAAGGUUGUUUUAUAGGGUUUUGAUGGAAGACAUAGAGGAGUUGAUGCCAAUUGUUUACACUCCCACUGUAGGAUUGGCCUGCACACAGUAUGGACACAUAUUCAGGAGACCAAAGGGUUUAUUUAUCUCCAUUCUGGACAGAGGGCAUGUCCGCUCCAUCCUGGACAACUGGCCGGAGACUAAUGUGGCAGCUGUAGUAGUAACUGAUGGAGAACGUAUUUUAGGCUUGGGGGACCUGGGUUGUUACGGCAUGGGCAUACCUGUUGGAAAACUCUGCCUGUACACAGCCUGUGCCGGCAUCCGACCUGAGAAAUGUCUGCCUGUGGUGAUUGACGUUGGCACAGACAAUGAGACUCUUCUGAAAGAUCCCUUCUACAUGGGUCUCUAUCAGAAACGGGAUCGCUCUCAAGCCUACGAUGAUCUGAUUGAUGAGUUCAUGGAAGCUGUUGUGGACAAAUAUGGACAAGGGACGCUGAUUCAGUUUGAGGACUUUGGGAAUCACAACGCAUUCCGCUUCCUUCGGAAGUAUAGGGAAAAAUACUGUACCUUCAACGACGAUAUUCAAGGCACUGCAUCUGUGGCCCUCGCUGGCCUUUUGGCAGCUCAGAGAGCCAUCGGCAAACCCCUCACCGAGCACCGCAUUCUCUUCCUGGGAGCCGGAGAGGCUGCUCUUGGUAUUGCCAAUCUGAUUGUAAUGGCUAUGAUGGAGUCAGGGGUGACCCAAGCAGAGGCCAGAGAAAAGAUCUGGAUGUAUGAUGCUCACGGUUUACUCGUAAAGGAGAGAACGGAGCAAACGGAUGCCAACCAGGAGGCCUUUGUUCAUGACAGUCCAGGGGAUGUGCAGAGCUUCUUAGAUGCUGUUAACACCAUCAAACCUACCGCUAUCAUCGGUGUGGCAGGAGCUGGACGUCUCUUUACCCAUGAUGUCAUUAAAGCCAUGGGAGCCUUAAAUGAGCGACCCAUUAUCUUUGCCUUGAGUAACCCAACAAAUAAAGCAGAGUGCACAGCAGAGGAAGCCUACACACUAACUGAUGGUAGAUGUCUGUUUGCCAGCGGCAGCCCAUUUGGUCCGGUUACAUUGAGUGAUGGGCGAGUGUUUACGCCAGGACAAGGAAACAAUGCUUACAUCUUUCCAGGUGUGGCUCUGGCUGUGAUCCUGAGUGGAGUGAGACACAUUAGUGAUACUGUGUUCUUGGAAGCUGCCAAGACACUCGCUGAGCAGCUGACAGAUAAAGAGCUUGAAGAGGGCAGACUCUAUCCUCCGCUCUCCAACAUCAGAGAAGUUUCUGUUCAGAUGGCUGUCAAGGUGGUGGAGUUCGUCUAUGCCAAAGGCAUGGCGUUCCGUUACCCUGAACCUCUGGACAAGAACGGCUUUGUACGUGCCAUUGGGUGGAACACAGCCUACGACUCCUUCCUGCCAGAUACUUAUGACUGGCCUGGUGUCAACUUCAGUCCUAAGAUCAACUAGAAGUAAAAAUGCAUUCUCAGUGUGGCCUGUGUCACUGUAGACCUGUUUCUCUCUCUUUUUCCACCCCAAUUUCUGAUUAAAGUGAUGUUGAUGCAAACAUACAUUUGCAUCAAAAUCACAUUCUUUGGAUCUGUGGGAAUUGGAGUGGAAACAGACUGAUGAAGGAGCAUUGACUUGUGGGAGAACUACCCUUCUCUCCACAGGUUAAUAGUGUUUUUGUAAUGGAGGGCCAUCUGGUGGUGGAAUUGGGUAGUGUGCAAAACCGAUGAAAAAGGAAAACUUACAUUUCUAAUUUGACUGAGGGCAGAUGCAGAAAAGGUAAUAGUCAUAUUUUAUUACAUGACUUAUAUACUUGUGUCACCUUAUAUUUAUUUUAAUAUUAUGUUUAAACACUCCUUUAGUGCAACAGGCCCUUGACAUUACUUAUACUAGUAUAAAAUUAUUAAAUUAAUUAUUAAGGCCCUAUGCACUUUUCGGUUACUCCAUAUUAUGGCUUUUAUUUUUUCUCUUUAAAAUGUCCCUUUUUGUCCACAUGCUAUAUAUCAGGUUGAUAAACUAGGUUUUUAUUAAAUGGGGUGAUCCACCCUGAAAGAUGUGACAACAGCUAAUGUAGGAAACCUGCAGCUCACAGAAGAAAAGCUGCGUCUCGGAAGGUAACGUCUGGAGAUGUGAUUUACUUAUACUCAAUUCUUAUGACUGUUAAAAGGCAAAAUAAUACAUUUGUGACAUGUAUUGUAAGAGAAUGAUCCAUCCAUUAUUUUUUUUUGUUUGUGUUGGUGAGGUUAACCAGCCCAGGAGGAAACUGCAGCAUCCCUCUCUCUCAUCCUGUGUCUCAAUGUGGGGGAUCCCUGGGUGCUCCCAUGUCAUUUUAUACAUUUUGCCAUAUCCCUUACCUCAUGUUUUACACCUGAAGAACAAGUGUUUUAUGUUUUAUAUUGAUUGGUUUGACUUCAGUAUUCAAUGUGCAGCUUUCCUCUAUAUUGAUGUGUUAAAGGCAAUUUGUAACUGUCAGAUAUUUUCUUUUCUUUCCAGAUGGCAUUGUUUUCACACCGCUGUGCCCUUCCAACCUCUUUAACUGUAUUGUUGGUACACUUUCAGUCAGAUGAUAUAUUUGCUACUGUGAUAUACUUGAUAUUUUAAAACUGCAGAAUAAAUCCUAAUGCUCUA